CACAGAAAACAGAGAAGCAGAGCUUUUUAUGGCGUCUCUAACCCCAGGAGUGCUUUCCAAGCUCCUGGAACAUGCAGGCAACAAGGACGUUAAGGUGACCGGAGAGCACCGCUCGGCGCUGCUCCAGGUUAUCGAGAUUGUGCCCUCCUUAGCCGACGAUCAGUGGAAGAGCAGAGGCUUCUUCCUGAAGGUCUCUGACUCGCUCCACUCCGCUUUCGUCUCCGUCUCCGACGAAAACGACGUCGAGUUGAUCCACAGCGGAAAGGUUCAGCUGGGCCAGUUCGUGUAUGUGACACGCCUCCACUCCGGCUCGUCGGUUCCGGUGCUUCGCGGCAUAAGGCCCGUGCCCAAGAGGCGCCCUGGCCCUUGUGUUGGCAACCCUACCGAGCUGGUGCCCUGUGAUUUGUUGCCCAUUAGACCCACCUUUCGUUUCAGUAAUAGCGGCAAUGUGAAUGUGAAUGCCAAGGUGAACACAAAAGCAAAAAAGGGUAAUGCCAAGGCCAAUGACACCGCCAAGAAGUUGGAAGUGAAGGGUCUGGAGUUGAGGAGGUUGAGUUUGGAUGAUUCGGCAAGGAAGGUUUGGGAUCAGAGCUCUACCAGGAGUAAUGCUACUGCUCACACUACAUCGUCUUCCAAGUCCAAACAAAUUUCCACUUCUUCACAUUCUGCUUCUGUGAACUCUGAUAAGAAGGCUUCUAAAAAUGAUUUACCAAUGAAGCGUCCAAGUUUGAGUAUUUCACCUUUGAAAAACAAAAAUGAUAUCGUUUCUCCAAAGUCAAAGAGCAAGACUUCUAAAGAGGAUUUAAAGUCACUAUCUAGGGCCUCUAUCCCAAGCCGUCUUAUUAAGGUGCCCCUCAGUUUCAAAACUAGAUCUGACCAGAUGAUUUUGUGGAAUGCACUCCCUUCUACCAUACGUGAUCUUGGAAAGCAAGCUGUGUCUCAUAGGAAUGUUGCAUUUUUGGCUGCUGUACGUGCAUUAGAAGAAGCAUCAGCUGCAGAGGGUAUCAUUCAUUGCAUGAGAAUGUUUGCGGAACUCUGUGAUACCUCUCAGAAAGUUCCUGCAGGACUACUGGUUGAGCAAUUUUUGGACCUUCAUCAAAAUAUGCACAGAGCUGGAAAGGUUAUUGAUUCCUUAUUGAACACAAUGCUUCCUAAAGUAAAUUCAAGCAAUUCUUGUAGCCCACAGUGUACGAUGCCAGAUGUGUGUAAAAGUUUCACUAAUAAAAAUGCCACAUGUUGGGUUCAAGCUGCAGUUGGUACUAAUCUUUCCAUGUUCAAUCUCUUUAGAAUGCAAGAAAAGAGUGAACUUCUAAACAGUGAGAAAUGUCAUUAUGUCAUCAUAGAGGAUACUCUAGAGGAAUUGAAUUGUGAGAAUAAUUCACCUCAAGACAAACAAAGUCAGAGAAAUCAUGGAAGCUCUUUAUCGAUUUCAAAUUCUAAGCAGAUACCUUCAAGUUCACGGCAGCAUCUUUCAUCGACAAAGAAGACGAAUACUGUAAGGGAGGAAAGGUCUAAGGGAAGUAGAUUAAAAGGGGCAGCAAGUUUAGCAGAAAAACUGCUCUUGGUUUCUUGUGAAUGGUUCUUUAAAUAUUUGGAGGAUUCAUUAAACAUGGGAUUUGCAUUAGGCAGGGAGGGAGACAGAUCAGAAAUUUCUUAUCUUCUCAGGCAGCUUAAAAGGGUGAAUCAAUGGUUGGAUGACCAAGUUGAUGUUGGAGUUGAGGUUGAUGAGAGGAAACAGGACUUGAGGAAGAUGUUGUAUGGGUUCCUACUAGAGCAUGUUGAUUCCACCAUUGUUUCCAGUAAGUAGAUAUAACCACAAGAAGUAACAGAGGUUACAUUUUUGAAUACAUUCUCUAUCAAUCGCUAAUUUCUAGUUCAGGUAGGGGUUUAUAGUCAAGAUUCUUACGGCACAAAUUGUUACUCCUGGCCUGGAGUUCCAUCCCAGGAUACGUCCUAAUUUUCUUUUUCCUACUGUCCCUAACAUUUACUAAU